UAUCAGUUGAUUUCUUUGUCAAAUUGACAGAUCGAUCGAUACAAUUUAAAAACAAAUUGUUGAUCAGUAAAAUAAAGUGAAAACUUACAGUAUAAGAAAUACAUGAGUAAAUUCUGUGUAACAAAAUAGUAAUUUACAUAUAAUGGUUAUAUAUAAAAUGUUCAGUUAUAAUGUAGAGAUACAAUACAAAAGUUAUCUCCUCUCGAAAGCUAUGCUGUUUACAGCACUUACCACUGUACUAAAUAUUAUUUUACCAUUUAUUAUUGCUUACAGAAGUAGAGGGUUUUGGUUGAAAUCAUAUAGUUACUAUGAGCAACCAAUUGUACGGUUUAAAUAUGAUUACAUAUUGAUAGCCGAAACAGAUGAUCCUAGUAAACCCAUAAUUUGUGGAGAAGCUGAAAUCUUGAAUGGAUUUUCAGGAGAUGAAAGCUGUGCACAGAUACAGGUUCAAGAAAGAGACUAUGAUGAAGAUGGAAAAAUUGACAUCUUAAAUUUAGACUUUACUCUUAAUAUUCCUCACCCAAGGACAGUAAUUUCUUUUGUAGGAAUUUUUGGGUUGGACUUCAUAUUACAGAAUGUAUGCCCAUUCCACAUGCAGAGUUUGGCAAUAGUUAAUGAAGAUUUUGUUGUCCCGUCUACAGGUCUUAAAUAUUUUGGUGACAUUGAAUUUUACCAAAUCACCCACUUAGGAUGCUGGCGAAAUGUUAUACAAACUAUUUAUAAUAAUUCAUUAUUAAGUUACACAAAAUUAAAUAAUAAUAAUCUGGUGGACUAUAUAUUAGAGAUUUACUUUAAGAGACAAGUUGUUACACGGACCAACAAGCUUUAUAGUCAUAGCAGAAAUGGUCAUACUGGUGACAUGGAAAUUUCAAUAAAUCUAAGAAUACCUGAAAUGCAAGUGACUUACAAACCCAGCCUGUUACAAGAGUUGAAGUGGGCCUGGCCACAAUACCUCUCCCUAUUUGUUGUUUUCUAUUGGGUAUUUGAAAAGAUCAAAAGAUAUGUCUUUCACAACCGAAUGCUUAUGGCUUGGGAAAUUGUUCCCUGGGGCUCUAGAUGUGAUUUUGUAAAAAGGGAAUGAAACACUGUUUAGGUUGCUCUCAGAGUAAAGAGUGAUGUAAUUUCUUUGAAAAGCAAUAUCCAAUAUUGUGUGAAUAAAAUGGACAGAUUAAAAACAAAUAU